AUGGCCGUCCUACCUGCCAAAGCCUCUGGCACUGCCAAGCUGCAUGCAUCAGGUGCUCGGUUCCGUCAACGGAAGAUCUCAGUGAAACAACCAUUGGCCAUAUACAGUCAGAAGGACUUGCCGCCGUUGGAUAACAGCGAGCUAGAACCGAGUCAGAUCCAUCACUUGAACCAAAAUGGAAGCCAGCAACAACGAGACCUACAUGCAAUAGAAACAGGUGUGGAUAAGAACGAAGAAGAUGAAGUCCAUUUACAACAAGUUAUCAACGCGGCCCAAAAAGCCCUCUUGGGAUCAAAGAAAGAUGACAAGCAGAAAGACAAGAAAGCAGACAGCUCGGUAUACAUUCCUACCCCAGAUGCAUCGAAGGUGUGGCCAGACGCACACAAGUACUAUAAUGACCAGAUAUUCAAAGAGCCAGAGUCGUAUAUUAAAUUUAGUGCCACUGUGGAAGAUACAGUCGGAGUGGAAUUCAAUAUGGACGAGGAGGACGAAACUUUCGUGAAUGAUGUUUUGAGCAAAAACUAUCCUAAAUUAACAAAGAAAACCAAAUUGGAAGGUGAUUCAGUGAACACAAAGAAGUGCACAGAGUUGGAAUUCGAAAUUGUGUGUGAUAAGUUUGAAAAAACUAUUGAAGAAAAGCAGCCAUUUCUAUCUAUGGAUACCUCGAAUAUAUUAUCCUACGAAGAGUUAUCUAACUAUAUUUUGGUGGAGUGCAAAAGCACGAAUGAAACAACCCCCAUAGGCUCAAACUCGAAGUAUCUUUCAACUUCAGCCCUUAAAGAAAAGUUAUCUAAAGAGAUCAAUUAUUCUCCCUUCGUCACAUUGUUUGACAAGAUUACAGCAGAUAAAUCAGUAGCAAUUGCCCGUCCUUUGCCGAAACUAUUGCAAUUAUUUGGAGAGCCAAUUUAUGAACAUUGGAAGAAGAGAAAACUAGAGAGAAAGGGUAAAGCUAUUCAUCCAGAUUUAAAGUUUGAAGAUCCAAAUGCCAAUGAGAAAGAUAAUGAUAACGAUCCAUAUAUUUGUUUCCGUCGUCGUGAAUUCCGCCAAGCCCGUAAAACCAGAAGGGCUGAUACUUUGGGAGCUGAAAGAAUAAGAUUGUUGCAAAAGUCAAUGCACCGUGCCCGUGAUCUUAUUUUGAAUGUCACUCAAAGAGAACUCUUGAAGGCACAAGACUGGGAAGCUGAGCACGCGAUCUUCAAAUUGCGUUGUGAGGCCAAGACUUUGAAGAGGGCUGUUGGAGUCAAGGGUGAUGAUUACUUAUUCUAUCCUCACAAGCGGAAGAAGGUUAUUAGAAUCAAGGAUGAAGACGAUGAGAGAGAUUCGGGUAUGAAGACAAGAAGAAAUGAUAAAAGAAAACUUGAUGCUCGUGAUGGUAGUGGUCUUCCUGGUUCUGCAACGAUUGGAACCAAUGCUGUUAAUAAAGAUAAAAACUUACAACAACAACAACAAUUGCAACAGGAUGGUUCCACAACUUCUACUCAACCAUAUGUCAAACUUCCACCUUCCAAGAUCCCAGAUAUGGAUCUCGUUACAGUUUCAUAUGUAUUAAAGGAAAAGAAUGAAACCAUCAAAAGGGCGGUUCUUGAAAAAUUACGGAAAAGAAAGGAACAAGAUAAAGGAUUUGUCAAUGUCAUCGAUGAUCCUUACCAACCAUACUUUGACAUAUCCACCAAUAAUAACUGUAAGGAACUUAGUCAUGUACCAUAUUCAUCAAUUGCAGCUGCAAAUUAUCAUCAAAUUAAUACCACCAACUACAUAUCUGAGUCCUUGAAGAAACUUUUAGAAGAGGGAAAAAAGCCAUUGCCAGGUAUGAAAACUUUCAGAGGAUCUAAUGGGGAGCUCAUUCCUUCUAAAAACUUUCCACAUUUGCUGUCCUUGCUUCGCGACAAGAUCAAUGAGCACAAGUAUAAAUCCGUUAGUUACAUUGCACAACUUUUAUCGAACAUCGAGACUCAUAACUUCAGUGCAUAUAAUAAUGGAUACGGCUCACAACAGCAGAAGCAACAUUCUGAUGCUGAGGAUGAUUCCAAAUUAUCAGAACCUAUCUUCAGGUUGAGAAAACGUGCGGGUAGAGUGAAUCGUACUUUUAUCGAUAGAAAGGGUUUGAUCGAUAGACCGGAUGAUAUUAUAGACGAAUUCAUGAACUUCAAAGAUGAUGAUAUCAAUGAAGAGCUGAAUUCAACAAAAGAACCUACUAUCCCAAAUGUGUAUGAUUCCAGACAUGAUACUAUUAAGAGGUUGGACUCAAAUUGGAGAUUCGAUAAUGAUCUUUCGGAGAACCAGAAAGGGUUACAAGACCCUUUUAGUUUGGAUCCCUCAAGACUCAAUUGUAUCAGUGAUGAUACGCAAUCCAUUAGAUUUGGGUCCAUGCUACUCUCCAAGUCGUAUGGUCUUUUACGUGAGUCAGUACAUCAAAGGCAACAAGUCUACAUCCAACAGGCCAAAAUGAGAGCCUUGCAGCAGCAACAGCUUGCAAAUAAGCAACAGCAGCAACAGCAGCAGCAACAGCAGCAACAGCAAUCGCAACCCCAACCAUCGCUCCCUAGGAUAUGCCCUAGCGGUCGAUCUCCCAGAGACGAUACAGGGCAAGAAUAG